AUGCCUUCCAAAAGCCAAUUCUCCAGUGUAUCAAGCCCUAUUUACAGGAGCAGGGAGACAGUCUGCGAGAUUCACGCGUCAGAUAAUGGUAGGUCUGUUGUCUUCCCGGUGGCAACAGAUGACAUCGUUAUCGUGACAGUCGGUUCGCCAGUAUCCGGAUCACUAUUUGGAAGUAAUGGAGUUUCUCCUCCAGGCAUCCAAGCAGCAGCAGAAACGCUGCUGAAUUGGGACUGGUCUAUUUGGUUCAAUCUGGCUGCAAAAUCUACAAAAUUCGGGAACCCGUCGACUUUCUGCACGCAAAUUUCUGAAUCUCUCCUCGAAACCUUUACGGCUACGUUCCCGGCGCCCGAAUUCAAGGUGAUCUGUGCACAUAUAACUCACGCGCUACCCCAAGACAGACAUCUCAUAUCGGUUGCUGACAGCAAUUGGUCAUUGAAAAUCGUCUUACCACAACAACCGGCCUUCACAGGUCAACGGGACAAUCUUUGUUUCUUACUCGGCUAUGCUCUUACACCGAAAGAAUGUGGGAAUUUCAUCAAGAAGCCUAUGUGCGUAUGCAGCGGUGAUGAAAUCCUUGCAGAGCUGUUAUGGCACUUCAAUAUUCCAUUCCAAAGCAUUCUUCCAACUGCCACUGCAGUUCCCCGGUUAAUGCCUUUUGGCUUGUCACCGCUGUUAAAACGACGCUAUGGAGACCGGCCAAAUAUUAUUCCUCGUGACACAACAAAUAUCGCUUUGGUCGGUCAUGCACCAUCUUAUGAAACUGGCAAACAAACCUUCAGGGGUCAGAAAAUCGAAGGUAGUUGCGAGAUAUGGGAAUCAUGCGAAGACAUUGCGGACGACUCCUCAUGGCUCUACGUAAAUGAGCCUGUGAUUGUAUGGCUCCGCAGCCUGCUAGAGUUAAAAGAUUUCGAGCGGGGAUACUGGGAGGUGGAAACAUACCACCCUUUGAUGACGUCAUACCGCAACAAGAUCGCCAUUAUUCAUUCAGCUGGGUGGAUCAAUGCGACGAAGGGAUCACCCGCUCUCAACCCAGUUUCUCACCCUGUCUACGCGCAGUCACGCUCUCACUAG